AUGGAACCGGCAACGGCGGUUGUUUGUGUUGUUGGAGUAGCAUCGGCGUUGGCGUUAUAUAUAUUGAAUUUGUUGUGGCUAAAACCAAAAAAGAUCGAGAAGUCUCUAAGAGAUCAAGGACUAAAAGGUACUCCAUAUCGACUGGUAUUCGGAGAUUUGAAAGAGAUGGAGGAGAUGAUAAUUGAAGCCAAGUCUAAACCGAUGAGGAGUCUAACUGAUCAUCAUAUCGCUCCUCGUGUCUUCCCCUUCAUCCAUAAGUCCAUCGCUGCUCAUGGUAAGACUUGUUUUACAUGGAUGGGGAGAAGACCUCUGGUGCACAUAUCUGACCCGCUCAUGAUACGGGAGGUCUUGGCUAAUAAUUAUCAAUUUCAAAAACAAAGAGGAGGGAACCCGUUGACGAAGUUGCUAGCAAGAGGGUUGGUCGACGUUGAAGCUGAUCAAUGGGCUAAACAUAGAAAAAUCAUCAAUCCGGCUUUCCAUGUUGAGAAGCUCAAGCAAAUGGUACCUGCAUUUUAUGUGAGUUGCAGUGAGAUGAUUCAGAAAUGGGAAGAAAUGGUAACGAAAGAAAGCUCGUGUGAAGUGGAUGUAUGGCCUCAUCUUCAAACGCUUGCGGCAGAUGUAAUUUCACGUACAUCAUUUGGUAGUAGUUUUGAGGAAGGAAGAAAGAUAUUUGAGCUUCAAAAAGAACUUGGGGAGUUCGUUAUUGAAGCUAUAAUGUCAGUUUAUAUUCCAGGAUCAAAGUUUUUGCCAACAAAAAGCAAUAUAAGGAUGAAAGAGAUCGAUGAGGAAGUGAAGGCUAAGAUAAAGGGCAUAAUCAAUAAACGAGUUGUUGCUAUGAAGAACGGGGAAAGCAUCAAUGAUGAUCUCCUAGGCAUUCUUUUAGAUUCCAAUUACAAAGAAAUUAAACAACACGAGAAUAGCAAUUUUGGAUUAAGCAUUGAGGAAGUCGUUGAAGAAUGCAAGCUUUUCUAUUUAGCUGGGCAGGUGACCACAGGAAAUAUGCUUGUUUGGACUAUGAUUUUACUAGGUCAAUACAAGGACUGGCAGACACGUGCUAGAGAGGAAAUUUUACAAGUCUUUGGAGGGAAAAGACCGGAUAUUGACGGAUUGAAUCACUUAAAAGUUAUCAACAUGAUUUUUAAUGAGGUUCUUAGAUUGUAUCCGCCACUUGGAUUUCUAAGACGACUAAUACAUGAAGAAACAAAAUUAAGAAACAUAAUCUUGCCGGCAGGAACCCUCCUCAACCUAAACACGCUAUUUUUACACCACGACCAAGAUAUAUGGGGUGAAGAUGUGAACGAGUUCAAACCCGAAAGAUUUUCCGAAGGUGUGCUAAAGGCGACCAAAGGACAAGCGUCCUAUGUCCCGUUUGGGGGUGGACCACGUAUAUGUAUCGGACAAAAUUUUGCUAUGCUAGAAGCUAAAAUGGCGUUCGCAAUGAUUCUACAAUGCUUCUCUUUCGAUAUAUCUCCAUUGUACUCGCAUGCUCCGCAUAAUAUACUUACUCUAGAACCUCAAUUUGGCGCUCAAUUAAUUUUACACAAACUUUAGGGAGUUUUUAGGAAGUUUGUUGUUUGUUUUACUUUUUAAAAGUAUGUUGUAUUAUAUUUCUAUUGUUGUGAUGAUGUAUAUCCAGUUUAACAUAUCUAUUACUCAUGUUAUU